CUGAUGGAGCUCACACCCGCAUGCAUGAAGUCCUGAGACACGCCGGCACGGGAGAUCGCGGACAGGUUGCCUGCUGGCCAGAGGCUACUACCUACGGCAGAGACAUGGGGGAGCAACCCAUCUUUACCACAAGGGCACAUGUCUUCCAGAUUGAUCCCAGCACUAAGAAGAACUGGGUCCCUGCCAGUAAACAGGCGGUAACUGUCUCCUACUUCUACGACAGCACAAGGAACAGCUAUCGGAUUAUCAGUGUGGAUGGAACCAAGGUAAUAAUUAACAGCACAAUAACACCGAAUAUGACUUUUACAAAGACCUCCCAGAAGUUUGGCCAGUGGGCAGACAGUCGAGCCAAUACAGUGUUUGGUUUGGGAUUUGGCUCUGAGCAGCAGCUGUCCAAGUUUGCAGAUAAAUUCCAGGAGGUUAAAGAAGCUGCUAAAUUGGCACGGGACAGAUCUCAAGAAAAAAUGGAGACUUCGAGCAAUCACUCUCAAGAAUCGGGACGUGAAACUCCAUCUUCAACUCGAGCUUCAAGUGUGAACGGAACAGAUGAUGAGAAAGCUUGUCAUGGUGGCCCUCAAGACACUGAGUUAAAGAAUGAGAAUGAUAAAUUAAAAACUGCUCUUGCACAAAGCAACUCCAAUGUGAAGAAAUGGGAAACCGAACUGGAGACCCUGAGAGAGAGCAAUGCCCGGCUGUCCUCCGCACUACAGGAAUCUAUUGCUAGUGUGGAACACUGGAAGGCACAAUUUUUAACAUGUAGAGACGAAAACGAUCAACUCAGGAACAAGAUUACAGAGCUUGAAGCUCAAUGUGAUGAAAUUGAUAAAGCAAAAGAGAGAAAUGAAGAACUCCGCAGAAGACUACAGGAACUGGAAACUGAGAUCCUAGACAAGGAAGCGGAGUUGGAAGAUCUCAGGAAACAAAGUGAAGUUAUCCCACAGCUGAUGUCAGAAUGUGAAUCUGUGAAUGAAAAGCUCCAGGACGCUGAGCAUAGAAACCAAGAACUUGAAGAGAAAGUGAGGACUCUUAGAAAAGACAUGGAAGAAAGCAAGCACAGACAGGGUCACCUGAAACUGGAACUGAAACAUUUUCUGAACAUACUAGAUGGAAAGAUUGAUGACUUGCACGAAUUCCGUCAAGGACUUUCAAAACUAGAAAUUGAUAACUAGGGUGCGGAAAUUUUUUCACCACGUAGGUCCUACACAGGGUAACCCCCGGGGUUAGAAAGCUGGUCAAUGCUAUUUGAAUGUUUCUGUAGCGCCUUUAGGAUCACUGUCUAUAGCCUAAUUUGACAACCAGUAGCUGCCUACCACUUCAAAGCCAUUUAUUUUUACACUAUCAAUCUGGGAGAUAGCUUCCCAAUCUGCACAAUGCAAAUAAGGUAAAGUCCAUAAAGUUUAUGUAAAAGAAGAGCGAGAUAAAAGUGACUAAUAUAGUCUUUGGUCAUCUGUGGUCACCACCCAAAAUCCUUUUCAGAGAAGCUUUGAAGACCAAAAUAUAUAUAUAUCUUAGAAUUCCUUCUAUAGUGUCUUUAAGGUAUGUAGUACUCCCAGUAUGUUGGAUCUGCAAUAAGAAGAAAAAUGGCACAUAGCCAAGACACCUAGUUAGCUGUUCUGAUUUAGGCAGCAAUCUGCUAUUUUCCUUGGAAAUUAAGUUGCAAUAAAUCCAGUAAGAGUAAAAAGGGUAUAUUCUAGGAUUCUUCACGUGUUUUAUGAUUCUGUACUUUGGAGGUGAACAGAUUUUGUUCUGAUAUUGAGUUGUAAUAUAAAAAGCACAAAAAAUAGAGGACACGUUGUAGUUUUCUACACUAAAAGUUGAACUUUAACUCUUAAUAUAAUAAAUAGAACACAAAAACCCAGUCCAUUCUAUGCUUCCUUAUAUUUAAUGAUAUUGUGUCUUAAGUUCUGCAAGAUUUAUAUACAAAAAUGUUGCUGCUUUCAUAGACCUCUGUUAAUAUGAACUGUAAAAAGGCUGACUGACUCUGGGACAAUUCUGCCUCUGGAUGCUGGAGUGAAGCCUAUUUUGUAAAAUAAUAAAAA